AUGAUCGAAGUCGUUUGCAACGACCGUCUGGGCAAAAAGGUGCGGGUAAAAUGCAACACCGAGGAUUCCAUCCGCGACCUGAAGAAGCUGAUCGCGGCGCAGACCGGGACCCGCUGGGACAAGAUUGUGCUCAAGAAGUGGUGA